UGGGAAGAAAAUAUAUAUAUAUAUAUUAUAGUCUAGUUUGAAUCUAAAUUUUUUUUAGUAGAGAAAUAAAGAAUUUACCCAAUAUUUAUGAAGAUGAAUAUAUAUAUUAGAUUAUAUAUGUUUGAGGGAGGGAAGAUUGUAUUUGAUUUUCUUUUUCAAUUCAUUAGAUUGUUUGCUAUACAUAUAUAUAUAUAUAUAUAUAUAUAUGGAUGGGCAAUUUGUUCAUUUUGCAAAUGCCCCAUUGCAUAUUAGCUCAAUCUUCAAACCAAGAUCCACUUGUUCAUCACCUAAAUUCACACCAAAAUAUCCCAACUCUGUUUCUCUCUCCACACCUGCAUAUAUAUAUAUAUAUAUAUAUUAAGAUUAAUUUAUAUCGAUUUGAUCAACUACAAAAGGUACAAGUAUUUUUGAAAACUAAUUCUCAGUUUCGGAUAUCAUCUACUGAAGAUUAAGAAAGAGUAGAUUCUCAAGAAGUAUUAUUAGAUGGUGAUAAGGCGUUCUGAACAUCAUCAAGUGAAGAUUAAGAAAGAGGAGAUUCCCAAGAAGCAUUAGUAGAUGGUGAUAAGGCUAGGAUAAGACCUAACAGAAAGUUCAAACAAGAUUCAGAAGCUUAUCCCCAUUUACUAUUUUAGGAAACCCACAAGCAAACCCAGAUGACAAAACACAGUAACAGCUAUGGUUAUAGUAUAAUCCCCUUUACACGCCUAUAUAUAUACACCCUGCCAUUUCACUCCAAAACAGGAAACUGGUUUACCCAAAACGAAAAGAGGAAACUAGUACCGAUCAGUGGUUCCUGCUUCGAAGUAAGCUAAAAUGAAGUGUGUUAUUGCAUCUAUCCUGGUUGCAUUUAUGGUGGUUCAGCUGGUGGCCAUGAAGCCAGGUGAGGCAGCCGUGACUUGCGGCCAGGUCGAUGCAUCACUUGCUGCCUGCAUUCCCUACCUGACGGCCGGCGGUACUCCGGCUCCGGCGUGCUGUGAUGGCGUGAAGAAUAUCAAGGCCAUAACUCCCACCGCCGCCGACCGUCAAGCUGCCUGCAACUGCGUGAAGGAGGCGGCUGGUCGGUACCCUAAUAUCAAGGAAGAUGCAGCAGCUUCUCUCCCCACCAAGUGCGGCGUUCAAAUGAAUAUUCCCAUCUCCAAGAAUACCAACUGCCAAAACAUCAACUGAGAUGGAUGGACGCAAUUAGAGAAGAAGGUAAUUAAUAAAGCUGGGCAAAGCUUAAGUUUCUUUGGAUCAGGACUGAAGAGAACCAGAGGAUUAAGUACAUAUAUAUAUAUGUAUAUGUAUAUAUAUGUAUGUUACUUCAUAAAUAAUAAAAUUUUGUUGUCAUGAUGGUCAU